AGCAGACGACCGCCCGGACCAGCGUAAACAUGGCUGCAAACAAGCCGAAAGACUUGGACGGUCUUGAGAUAAAAACGCGGAGCAUCGAGCGCACGCUGCUGCCACUCGUCAAGCAGAUCUCGUCGCUGGUGUCGCACGCCGAGCUGGCGGGGCAGGGCCAGGGGCAGGCGGGGCACCGGGAGCGGCCGCUGCGGUCGGUGAGGGCGGUCGCCAGGGUGGGCCAGGCCGUCAACCUGGCCGUGGAGCGCUUCGUCACCGUGGGGGAGACCAUCGCGGACGACAACCCAGAGAUUAAGACUGACAUGUACGACGCCUGCAAGGAGGCGCGGACGGCAGGCUCCGCGAUAGAGAAGCUCUGCGAGGCGGCCCUGGGGGACUCCCCCGCCGACAGAGGGGCGGUGGUGCGGGCGGCGCGCUGCCUGCUGCAGGCCGUCACCAGGGUGCUGCUGCUGGCCGACAUCGUGGUCGUCAAGCAGCUGCUGCUCGCCAAGGACAAGGUGGCGCGGACGUUGGGCCGGCUGGAGAACGUGUCCAACUUCACCGAGUUCGUGAAGGCCUUCUCGCACUUCGGCGCCGAGAUGGUGGAGCUGGCCUACCUGACCGGCGACCGGCAGAACGACACCAAGGACGAGCGGCGGCGCGCGCAGAUGGCCGCGGCCCGGCAGGUGCUGGACAGGUCCACCGUUAUGCUGCUCGUCUCGUCCAAGACCUGCCUCCGCCACCCGUCGUGCCCCACGGCGCGGGAGAGCCGCGACACGGUGUUCUGCCAGAUGCGGCGCGCCAUGGACCUCAUCCACUACGUCGUCAAGGACGGCGUGCUGGACUCGGCGGCGCAGCUCGCGCACAUCACCAGCCAGCACGGCACGGCGCAGAGCCCGGGGCUGGUGUACAGGGACCCGGAGCUGGGGUGGCUGACGCACAGGUUGAGUGUGCUGAGCCGGCUGGGCCGGGGCGCUGGCGCGGACCUGAUCCGCGAAUACCGGGCCUGGUGGAGGUUUUUCACCUCCUCGCUGCCCCGGAGCGCCGCCGCCACCCUCGCCACCGCCUGGGCGAUCAGUGAAGAUUUCAAGUGCACCCAGGAGGACUGGGACGCGUGCCGCACCGUUUACGGCGCCCUCAAGCACCUGGAGGACAUGGUGGAGAUGACGAGGAUCACGCUCAUCGGGCCCAGCUCCAGGGAGCGGAUGACGCAGGGCUUGGACACGAUCCUGGAGCGCGUGCAGGACUUCACCGACUCGGCCUACACGACGCACGAGCACCGCGAGAACAUCCUGCUCAUCUGCGACCGCGCCAAGAUCCAGCUCAGCCAGCUGCUCAGGGUCGGCAUCAGCAUGGAGCAGGUGGAGGGCACCUCGCCGACGGAGGAGAUGGAGGUGGCCAUGCUGGGGCUGCUGCAGGCCGUGAGGGACAUGCGGGUGCAGCUGGUGCGCACCGUGGUGGACCAGACGUCGGAGCUGCAGGCCACCACCAAGACGGGGCUGGAGAUCGUGGACGCCAUCCGGAACUACGCGCUGUCGGCCGACACGGAGCGGAUCAGCGAGCUGGGGGAACGCUUCCAGGAGGUCCUGGACCACAUCCUUGAGGUGUGCAAGAUGCUGAGGCACAUCGCCUGCACGGAUACGCUGCAGGUCAACACGCGGUACGCCGAGAUCAACCUGCGGAUAUACGGUCCGCAGGUGGUGACGGCCGCCCAGACCCUGGCCAUGCACCCGCAGUCCAAGAUCGCGCGGGAGCACAUGGAGGUUUUUGCCCGAAUGUGGCAAGCCCGCCGCCCACGUUUAGCGCUGUAAUGCCGGGAGGUGAUCGAAGUGAGCCAGGCGCGGGGGAUGGACAAGCACGUGUACAUGUCGCUACCCAGGCCAGGGAAACACGGCACCACCACGAAGCCGCUCAAGGCCGUGCGCCUGGACUCGGAGGAGCAGGCCAAGAUCGCCAAGGCGGGGCUGGACAUGAAGCUGGCCAGCAGCGAGAUGGAGGCCGAGGCGGAUAAGUGGCGGGAGAGCGAGGAGAACAACGACAUCGUGAAGCGCGCCAAGAACAUGUCCUCCAUGGCCUUCUCCAUGUACCAGUUCACGCGCGGCGAGGGCGCGCUCAAGACGACGCAGGACCUGUUCACGCAGGCCGAGUACUUCGCCGAGGAGGCCAACCGGUUGUACAAGGUCGUCAGACAGUUCUCGUACCAGGUGCCCUCCAGCACGCACAAGAAGGAGCUCCUGGAGCACCUGGACAGAGUGCCCACCUACGUGCAGCAGCUCCAGUUCACUGUAAAGAACUCGACGGUCGGCAAGGCCGCCACCUUCACCAAGGUGGACAAUGUGAUUCACGAAACUAAAAAUUUAAUGAAUGUCAUAUCAAAGGUGGUCACCACGUGCUUCGUGUGCGCCACUAAGUAUAACCUGGACUUCCGCGGGCUGUCCGCCCAUGGCUCGUCUGGCUCCCCGUACCGUGAAGAUGAGGGGGUGGGGUCCGGCGCGGGCGGCGAGGGCAAGGGCGGUGGGUCGGCAGGCUCGGACCCCUCCAUGUGACAGUUCGGGAUGGGCCGGAGGGCCAAGGGUGACGCUCGGCGCACCCGCGUGUCCUUCCUGCUCUUCUAGACACCGGGCGUGCCAUACGCCCGCGGGGGUCUGCGUCAUACGACGUGACCCCGCACCGCUAGCGCUGCCCCGGCCGGGGGUUGGCCGUACCGGGGGUCGCGGGGCCCCGCAUGCCGGGCCUCGAGGCAGGUCCCAGGUCCACGGGACGCGGAGGAGACGAACGCCUCAGGGCGUCAAAAUUAAGCACCCAGUUCAUUAAUCGAGUUAAAUCGGAACAAACCGAGUUGAAAUCAGAAACAAAGUCAUUCUAGCGAAAGCGAAUUUUCCCAGUACAAUCCUAGAACUUUCCGAAACGCUCAUCCACUUUGAAACCGUCCCUCGGAGAGACAAGGAAUAAAACGAACGCCUUCCUCCUCACGCUCCGUUGACGUCGUUGAUAUGUGGACCUGCCUCUGGCCCUGGCGCGCCCUGGCGGUGCAUUUGGCAGUGUGGUGGCCCCGCCGCCCCCCACGGCGAGUCCCCGG